AUUCUUGGUUUCUUAGGAUGUUUUAACAUUAAUAGUUCUUCAGGUUUUGCUUAGCUUUCCCUUGUCUGUCCUCCCUUUGGCCAUUCUUGUGUUAGUUUAACUUCUUCUAUGCCUCUCUGAAGAACUCUUCCAUCCUGAGUGACGCUUCUUCACGUGUUAGUUUCUCCGGGCUGCUGUUUGGCUGGGUCAGUCUGUGCAGGGAGUUAGACCUCUUCCAAAGGUGGCUGCCCAUCCUCCUGCCUCCCCCUGCCUUCCCAUCCUGCACCUUCCAUCUGGCAGAGAGAAAUGUAGUGGCACCACAGGGAAGCACCAAGCUGCUUGCCAUGAAGGCACCAGUUGAAUUUCGUAAAAUGUUGUCCUCUAGCUCUCUCCUGCGGUCUGCAAAAAAAGGUGAGAGCAUAUCUAGUACCAACCUCGAGGAAGCUGCAAAACCUGCUGAAGAUACAAGGAUGGCCAUGUCAAGAAAAACUGAGGUUUCGUUUCCUCAGCGAGGAGUUGUUUCCUCCCCUGAGGAGGAAAACCUGACCACAUCUGCAACAGGAGGAGGCCUGAGGAAGGAGUUAGCUGAGGAACAGACAUCCAGCUCAGAGUCAGAUUCUAGCUCAGAUUCCGAGGAUGAAAAUGUUGAUGAUUCAGAAGUUCCCACUAAAACGAAAGUUGAGUUUCCUAGACGAGAUCCCAUCUUUUCUGAGAGCAUAGCAGUAAAGGCAUCAAUGCUGGCAAAAGAUAAAUUGUCCCAGAAAUCCCUCAAAGAAUAUGGAAUUAAGAAGCUGCCACGCAAACCGGAAAUUAACGUGUCUCCUGUAAAGCAGGUCAAAUUUUCUGAAACAUCAGUCAGCCAGGAAACAUCAAAAUCCAAAGCAAGAGACCCCAAAGUAAAAGCCACUCCAAAAGAGCACAAGUUAGAACCACGUGUGGUGAGAAGUCUGGACCUGACCAAUAUCACUCAUAAAUCUGGUCAUAUGGAGGAAAAGUCCAUUGGAACCCAGGUAGCAGCUAUUCAGAUGAAAGCCUCAGCAGUGACUCAGGAAGACAAAAAGCAAGAACUAGUAUCCAGAGGAGAGAAGGAAGAACUAGUAUCCAGAGGAGAGAAGGAGAAGGUGAAGGAGGCACAGGAGUUGGAAUCAAAAGAAGUAACUGCUCCUAAAGUGGAAGAAACUUCUGGAAGCACAAUGUUGGUGAUGGACACUGCAGCAAAGGAGGAGACCAUGCAGGAAGCAGGAGUCCAGGCUGGAGAAAGCGGUACAAUAGAGGAGACCACAGCUCAGCCUGCUCCAGAGGAGUUUGAUAAUUCCACCUACAAGAACCUGCAGCACCAUGAAUAUCACACUUUCACCUUUCACGAUUAUAUCUCAAUCCUCGCAAAGUACAGGCAGCCCCAGCCAUCCUCUGGAAGACCAUCACCAAGGCACUGAAAGAACCACACUUAAAACCAACACCCAGGCAGGAUGAUGAAUUGUUCUGUUUAGCACUGUUGCUUCAUCUGUAUAAUUGAAAUCAGAUAAUAAACAAUAAAGACGUAAUAACUUGGGCUUUUGAACAGUU